UCGCCCAUUGUCUUCUGUUGUCAGCUGGAAGGACAAUGGGCUACGGCUAUUGUUCCAUAAUCAAUAACCUCUAUUCCUCAUAUAAAGCUCAGUGGCCUCCCAUGCCUUCCUCUCAAGCUUCCGCUCAACCACCUCGAAGGUUCCUUUUCCCCCCUCUUUUCCUUCAUAGAUUUUUCCCUCGAGCCCGGUGCUCCCUCGACGCUCAAUACGAUACAUACGACCGCAAGUUCUUUCUCAAGUUAUCCUACCAAGUACUCUCCAAUACUUCAUAGAAAAUGGCACCAAUCGCUUUCACUUUCACCGCUGCUAUCCUUGUCACGACCUGCUUGCUCGCACCUAUACCAGCUCGAGUCAAUGCUGCCCCAACAUUGUUCAUGAGGAAUCACGCUCGUGGCGUCAUUCCUCGUGCUAAUGACCUCCAAAAGCAAAAUGCUUUGGACGCGCAAAAACUCAAUGCUGAGUUUGCUAACUUGAAGGAGACGGAUGCUUGUGAAGAUGGAACCACUGCUUGUGUUUCUGACGGAUUUGCUCAAUGCGUUCAAUCCAAGUGGCAGGUUACACCCUGCUCAAUUGGAACGCAAUGUUUCGCUUUGCCACUUGUGAACAAGGAAGGAACGUCUUUGUCGUGUGACACUCCCGAAAAUGCAGAGACUAGGUUCAAGGAUGCCGGUGUUGAUGGUGGUGUAGCUGGAACUUCAAAUAAUGGUACCAGUACCGACAAAGGAAAUAACGACCAAGGCGAUGUGGACGAAGACAGCGACAACGACGACGAUUGUGAGGGUGUGAUCGAGUUUACCACUACCAUCACAAUCUCUGCUUCAUCUGCGUCUACGACUGCCUCCCGUGUUAGUGCAAUUACCACCUCGAGUCCAUCCGCAGUUACCACCACAUCGAAUGCCGCAGGAUCUUCCUCCGCCAGUGCCUCAUCUUCUACUGAUGCAGGAACGCCCUCAUCUAUCAUCGUCCUCAAUAAACCUUCCUCUUCGGUUUCUGCGAUCAUUUCCCCCGCUACACCUGUCAACGGCGGGGCAGCUGGAUCUCCUUCCAUCAUCAUCCUCAACAAACCUUCCUCAGCCGUCUCUGCAUCUUCUACCGCUCCACCUUCCACCACCAUCAUUUUGAAUAAAAGGCAAGACGUCAUCGUUAACGGCGUUUCGACUGUCACCCUUUCCCCUAGUUCAACCGCAGCGACUACCACAGUGACCACUUCCUCAUCUCCAGUCUCCGUUCCCGUUUCGGGUGUUGUUAACCAACAAGGUGGUGUCAACGGUGCUACGACUGUUACUGUCAUGCAGACCACAACAGUUUUCAUCGCUGUUCCAGCACAAGUAACUGAUUCAGCUACCAUCUCUGCUAUAACGGUUACACCGGGUGUUCCCAGUUCCCCUUCUAGCUCCAGCGCGGUUGUAGUUGUUGGAGCUUCUACUGCCUCCGGUGUUUCCUCCGUAGUUGCUACCGGUGGUACCGGUACUGCUACGAUUGCCACACCCUCCUCUGUAGCCAACACCAUUGCCACGCCGUCCUCGGCUGUUAACACUGUCGUUGGAACAGCUGUUACCGUUUCUUCAUCCUCUCCUGUCGUCGGCACUCCCGUUACAUUUUCCACACCAGUAACGGGGGUCGCUACCAUCAGCACAGGCACGACUCAGGGCGGGUUUGUGUUCAGCACUCAGGCGACAAAACCUACAUUUCCUCUCAAUGGACAGUGAUUGAUUCACGUUUUCUUGGACGGACUUUUUUUGAUGUGAUGACACGCACACUCUUUUCAUAGUUUUUGUUUCUGUUUCUUUGUAUACUGUAGUGCUAGCUUCGACUCUCCCACCGGAUUUUACGGAUUGACCUAGUGCAGGUCUUUCUUUUUGUACUAUAUUGUAUUCAGCCAUACAUAUACUGCUGCCAUAAUGGAAUCUUUGGAUUGACGAACG